AUGGCACUCCCAGUAGAUAUUCUCGCAGAAUCUCAAGGGAUUCGUUUAUUUAACAAAUGGAGUUAUGAAGAUGUUGAAGUCAAGGAUAUAUCAUUAACUGAUUAUAUUCAAAUACGUAACCCCGUAUAUUUGCCUCACACCGCCGGACGCUUUUCCACAAAAAGAUUUAGGAAAGCUCAGUGUCCCGUCGUUGAACGUUUAACCAAUUCUCUCAUGAUGCACGGUCGUAAUAACGGAAAAAAAUUAAUGGCAGUUAGAAUUGUAAAACAUGCAUUUGAAAUUAUUCAUUUGUUAACGGAUCAAAAUCCUAUUCAAGUAUUGGUUGAUGCCAUUAUUAACACUGGUCCACGUGAAGAUUCUACUCGUAUUGGUAGUGCGGGAACUGUUAGAAGACAAGCUGUUGAUGUUUCUCCUUUACGAAGGGUUAAUCAAGCUAUUGCUCUUUUGACAAUCGGGACACGCGAAUCAGCUUUCAGAAAUGUCAAAAAGGGAAGUUCUAACUCUUAUGCAAUUAAAAAGAAAGAUGAAUUAGGUAAAUAUUUCUUUGCCAUUGUGAUAAAUACUGAUGAUAAUGAAUGUGAUGAUAUUAAAUAUUAA